AUGCCACCAAAAAGAACAGAUUUCAUACCCGCUGGGUGUAUACCAAUCAAGAGAACAGAAAUCAAACUAGAUUCAGACUGGUUCUCGGAUGAACUUCGAGAAUGGAGGGCCUUCGGCUCUUUAUCGAAAGAAACAGGCGAAACAGAUUCAGAGGAUGACGAACCCUUCCUCCCAGAUAACCUAGAAAUUGCUUUGACUCGUAUAGGGACACUCCGAACGUGUAUCAAACUUUUCCGGGCAUCCUGGGCAAAACUUCAAUUCAGCAUUCAAAACAAAGAUUCCGAUAAUGGGUUUCUCAGGGUUUAUCUGCUGCCUGAUGAUGUCCUCCGUGGCACGGUGGACCGCUCCAACCAGUCUCUAUUGAGAGCAAGAAAUGAUGAUGUCCUUGGUCAAUUAAACUACUCACAAGAAGCAUGGGCUGGAAAUUCAAACGCAAUAUGGUUAGAUAAGCCACUCCUCCACGAAGCUGUUGUCCAGAACGAACAUCUAAAUGAAGGCAUGUCGCUAUUGCAGCUUUUCAACAAAAUUCCAUCACCUACGCCUAGAAUCAACAGCAUCGAGGAGACUUACUCAAAGUCUGCCAUGUGUGAUAUCCUGGACGGCCAAGUUCCAGGACUGAAGUCGGAGCUGUAUCCGUAUCAGCGGAGGUCAGCGGCCAUGAUGCUACAAAAAGAGGUCCAGCCCGAGCAAGUGCUUGACCCGCGUCUACUCCACGUCAAAGACCAAGAAGGAGGAUCAUGGUACAUUGAUACUGUGGCUGGUACGGUACUCAGGGAGCCACGAUACUAUGAUGGGGUUUCUGGCGGCAUCCUUGCUGAAGAGAUGGGCGCUGGAAAGACUAUCAUUUGUCUCGCGCUCAUUCUCGCAACAAAAGGACUGCCCACUCAACCACCCGAGUAUGUUUGUGCUGAGAAAACCCCAGUCAGGAAGCGCCUGGCUCCUUUGGCUGAAAUGGCUGCGUCUUGUGCCACAAGGAAUGCAGUCCCCUGGCGUCCCUAUUUCGACAUUUACAAGACCAAGUUAGGGGACGAGUAUGAGAGAUGCAUUGCAGCACUAGAAAGAAACCCAGGGUACUACUCUAUCCAGUCAUCUGAAAAGCGACGGGUUACUAGAUGCUGUACCGGAACUGAGUUCAAAAAGACGCGGCUCUACCUUAGUAAUGGGAGUAUUGUGGUUGUACCCCCCAAUUUAUUGAUGCAGUGGAAGCAAGAGAUCAGCAAGCAUACCGAUGGCCUGGAGGUUCUAGUUGUGACGCGAGAUCAGCCACUACCGAAUGCAGAAGACUUGCUGAAAUUCGAUCUCAUUCUAUUCACUCAGACAAGGUUGGAGUAUCUACUUCGACAAGAGGGUGGACUUGAACAAUCUCCACUGUCCAAGGUCCAUUUCAAGCGAUGCAUUGUCGAUGAGGGACACAAGCUUGGGCAUUCGAAGAUGAGUAGUAAGAGCAAUCUGCUUCUCGUCCUGGAUGCUUUGCAUUUCUCUGCGCGGUGGAUUGUGACAGGAACUCCAUCCCAAGGCUUGUAUGGAGUCGACGCGCAAACAAAAACACCACAAUUUGUAACACAACCUGAAGAGGGUGGUUCAGUGGCGACCUGCAACACAUCCAGAAGCUCUAUUCUAGAAAUGGAGAGAAGGGAUCUGGAAAGGAUUGGUAUUAUGGCAGCGCUCUAUCUGAGAGCACGACCAUGGGCGAACACAACACUGGACGUUGGUGACACUGAGGCGGACUGGGCUGCUUACUUGCUACUUCCGAAACAUAAAAAGAAGAGCAAAGGCCGCUGGGACUGCUUGAGAGCGAUUCUCAACUCUCUCAUCAUCAGGCACCAGAUCGCAGAGGUCAAUAGUCUAUUCCCACCUGUCAACGAGAAGCUCGUUGUAUUGGAGGGUUCGUACCAGGACCGGAUGUCGCUCAACAUCUUCUCCAUGAUGAUCAUCUUCAACUCGGUUCAAUCCCAACGAGCCGAUAUGGAUUACUUUUUCCACAACAAACAGCGAAAGGCUCUUCUUCAGAUUGUGCACAACCUGAAGCAGGCGAGCUUCUUUGGAGGAUCGUUCUAUUCUCAGCGAGAUAUUGAAAAUGCUGUCCGAACCGCUGAAGAUUUUCUUGCGGAGAAAAAAGUACCCACCAGUGACCAAGAUCGAGAACUCCUUGAGCAAGCGAUUAAGUUUGGGCAUGUUGUUUCCGACAACAAGCUCAAGACUCUUAGCAAUGCGUUUCACGAGAUGCCGCUCAGCGUCCACGGUUUACCGCACAGUGUCAGUGCAUCUUGGUCACUCGACCAAGAAGCUGGGGACCACAUAUGCAGCUCGUCAUCCAUGUUGGUGGCACUUCAGAAACUCAUCUACAAAUCAGCAUCAAAACCCGAGGAGCUGAAUUCUCUAUUGAAUGGCCGGUUGAUUCAAGAAGGUGUCGAUUCGAGAAUGCGCAUGCUCGCAUUUGACGAGACAACAACCAACUCCCAAACCUUGGCCGGUAAUACGAAACUGGGAGACGACAAACACCGAAUCACUAAUGCUCAUGGCGUUAGUGAUGUGAAAGUGGAAGUCGAAGCAACCGCUGAUGGUGCACUUGGACCAUUGGAAACAGUCAAGAUCACAUCCACGGUAUCAGCCAAACUGUCAUACCUGAUUGAUAGCGUUCUCAGAUAUCAGGAAAAUGAGAAGAUACUUAUCUUCUACGAAAAUGACAAUGUCGCAUGGUAUUUAGCCGGUGUGCUGGAAGUUCUUCAAGUUCAACAUCUAAUCUAUGCCAAAGGACUGACCGUACAGAGAAGAUCACAAUACGUCAACACUUUCAAUCACAAUGAUGAUUUCAGAGUUCUGCUCAUGGACAUCUCACAGGCAGCUUUCGGCCUAGACAUGAGAGUUGCGUCACGGAUCUACUUUAUCAGCCCAGUCCUAAACCCUCAAGUUGAAGCGCAGGCAAUUGGCCGUGCGCGAAGGAUCAGCCAGCAAAAACCAGUAUUUGUCGAGACUCUGGUGCUAAGAAACAGUAUAGACGAGGUCAUCUUAGAACGCAAAGAACACAUGACGCAGGCUGAACACCGCCGAGUUCAGUCCAUUCUAGAUGAUGGCCAAAUUUACGAAUGGAUCAAGAAUGCCCGGAUCACGCCAUUGCCGAGGGGCGAUUUUAGUAAAGAGGACCAGAUGUCACCUCUGGAUUCACCGCAAUACGUGUUCAGAAGAGGAUUUGGGAGGACUAUGCACCCCGAUGAAGGCUUGGUACUGGACGAGACUCCAAGGUCUGAUGGGAGAGUGCUGAGGCCUCUCGAGAUGGCGAAUGGGAAGAAUCGAACGACACAGUUUGGUGCAGCCACACUCGUUCGAGAUCAGAGUCAACAAAAAGACUCGUCAUCUAACACAAGCGAUCUCGCCGCGCGGCCAUCGAAGAGAGUGCGAUUCGGGUGA